AUGGAUCACCGGGAUUUCCUACUCGAUGACCUGGGCCGUCGAAUCCAAAGUUCGACCAUCAUUCAUCUAGGCGAAUACGCCCUGGUUGUGCGCAGAUUCGACACCGCCAUCAAAAUGCCGGUCGUACACACAUAUGAUGCCGACACCUCAAUCAACGUCUGCCGCGCUCAGCUGAGACAAGAACAACGCAUUUACAGGUGUCUCCAGCCAGACCUGCGGCAGGAAAUUCAGGGAGUUGUUCCCUGUACCGCAGUAUGGGGCAACACCAUCGAACUUCAGUACAUGUCCCAAGGCACUCUUGGGCAGAUGCUGGAGAGCAGGGGCGUGCCGUCUCUGCCCCUUCAAAGACGAUGGCUUUACCAGCUUGCCAUCGGCUUGGAUAGUAUCCAUUCGCGCCGAAUCCUCCAUAAUGACAUUGCGCCCCGCAAUCUUCUCCUGGAUGAUUCUUUGAACAUCAAGUUCACGGACUUUGGUGUGUCAAGCAUCGUCCCAAAAAAUGAAGAUAUGCAUGACUUUAUGGAUGGAUAUAAUUGCUCGAUGUGGACAGAUCUCAUCCAGCUGGGUUCGGUCUUCUAUGCCAUUCUUGGCGGACAACGAUCAGUCGUCAACAUCUACCCUAACCAUGGUGCCUUUGCGGAAUAUCCUCCCUUGGACACCCUUCCAGACGUGAGUCACAUGUGGGCUGCAGGUGUGAUUGAGGAUUGUUGGAAUCCGAGAGAGCUACAUGGCGGUGCCCGGGAGGUCGUUCAACGAAUAAAGAAUGUGGUGAGUUACUACGAAGACCUUGAAGCCGGUCGCACCAACCUUGGAAUGAAGAGGCCUAGGUAG